GAACAAGAAGCAGUGUCGACUGGAUAAGGCAGAGCUAAGAGAGGAAAUCAAAAGAGUUCGCGAGAAAUGGAGGCGGCUAAAGUUGCAAAUAAGACGUUUAAAAGAGCAAGAUUUUGAAAGAAAGAACAUCAUGAGAAAAUUCCAACUUGCGGACAAACAUUCUUCCAAAAACAAUGGCACAAAACCGACUAAAGGUUUGAAUACCAAAUACAACUGGCCCCAGAAAAAGAAACCGGAGCCUACAAAAUCACCCUCAAGGAGAAGAAGAGCUGCCACUGCUCGCAAAGACAGGCUGUGGGACUUUGGAGUGAUACCUUAUAUGAUCGAUGCCAAUUUUUCAGGUUCCAACAAAGCAUUAUUCAAACUAGCCAUGAGACAUUGGGAGAAUUACACCUGUAUCACUUUCAAAGAGAAGGAGCCGGAGGACCAACAUUAUAUUCUGUUUACAGAGAGAUCUUGUGGAUGUUGUUCUUUUGUUGGAAAGCGAGGAAACGGCCCCCAGGCCAUUUCUAUUGGCAAGAACUGCGACAAAUUUGGCAUCGUCGUCCAUGAACUGGGUCACGUGAUUGGUUUCUGGCAUGAGCACACGCGACCAGACAGAGACCACCACGUGCAGAUUAUUUAUAAAAACAUAAUGCCAGGUCAGGAAUAUAACUUCAAUAAAUUGACAGCUGCUGAUGUGAAUUCUUUGGGAGAAACUUAUGACUUUGGCAGCAUAAUGCACUAUUCCCGGAAUACAUUUGCACGUAACACGUACCUGGACACAAUACUGCCACAGAGGAAACCAGGCACCAUUGUCAGGCCUGAGAUUGGUCAGCGAAUAAGGUUAAGUCCAGGUGACAUCCGACAAGCUAACAAAUUGUACAGAUGUCCCAGUUGUGGACGCACACUUCAGGAAUCAAUUGAUAAAUUUAGUCAUACAUCAAAGCCAGGUGUGCCGGACUUCUGUCAGUGGCGUAUCUCUGCAACUCACGGAGAGAAAAUUGUGCUAAACAUCACUUACAUUGACAUGCCUAAAUCUUACAACUGUGAAAGCGACUAUCUAGAAGUCAGGGACGGCCAUUACAUCAAGUCACCACUUCUAGGUCGUUACUGUGGCGAUCAGAUACCCGAUACCCUGACAUCGUCAGGAACACGGAUGUGGAUAGAAUACAGAACUAGGAAUGGAGGAGGUCAAGGCUUUGCAGCUGCUUACGAAGCUAUGUGUGGAGGUGAGAUCAUGAAAGAGGAAGGAUUUCUCACCAGCCCAAACUACCCUGAUGACUAUCGCCCCCAGAAGAAAUGUGUCUGGAGGAUAACCGUUGGAGAAGAGUUUACUGUAGCUCUCAAGUUUCAAUCCUUCGAGAUAGAAAAUCACAAAGAUUGCGUAUACGAUUACCUUGAAGUGCAUGACGGGCCGACAGAAACCUCACCUUUGUUCGGCAAAUACUGCGGGUUUAAAAUACCAGAGGAUAUCAAAUCUACAGGCAACCACUUGUAUGUGAAAUUUGUCAGUGAUGGCUCUGUUCAGAAAGCGGGCUUCUCAGCAACAUUUGUUAAAGAGUUUGAUGAAUGCAGCAGAGAUGACCACGGGUGUGACCAUGACUGUGUGAAUACUUUAGGCAGUUACCGCUGCUCUUGUAGAAUAGGAUACGAGCUGCACUCCGAUGGGAAGAGAUGUGAAGACGCCUGUGGUGGGUACAUUGAUUACGAAAACGGUACGAUAACAUCACCGUCAUUCCCAGACUUGUAUCCGCCAAACAAGAACUGUGUGUGGCAAAUAGUUGCCCCUGAUGGCCACCAAAUUAAUAUCAACUUUACACACUUUGAUCUGGAGGGGCACAAUCAAGACUGUGAAUAUGACUCGGUUCGUGUCAGCAGCGGGGUAGGAGGCAAUGACUUGAAACCACUUGGCGUCUUCUGUGGAUCAACGUUCCCGGCUCCUGUUACUUCUGAGGGCAGCUCACUGAGAAUUGAGUUCAAUUCUGAUAACUCAGUGCAGAAAACGGGUUUUGUUGCUACUUUCACAACAGACAAAGAUGAGUGCGCCAUAGACAACGGGGGCUGCCAGCACAUCUGUAGAAACACCGUAGGCAGCUAUCAGUGCGCAUGUCACAAUGGUUUCACUUUACAUGAUGAUUUGCAUGGCUGUAAAGAAGGUGGCUGCCAGUUUGAAAUUCGAGCUCACUCUGGGGUAAUAUCAAGUCCCAACUAUCCCGAAUAUUAUCCUAGUCGCAAAGACUGUGUCUGGCACUUUACAACUGUACCUGGCCACAGAAUCCGGUUGCGGUUCAGAGUUUUUGAGCUAGAACCACAUCAGGAGUGUACCUACGACCACGUCGUUGUGUUUGACGGAGACGACAGCAGCGCCCGUAGUCUGGGCAAGUUUUGUGGUGCCCUGGUGCCAGACCCUGUCACCUCCAGUGGCAACAGAAUGUUCAUGCUAUUCUUCUCCGAUGCUUCUGUGCAGAGGAAAGGAUUUGAGGCUGAGCAUAGCACAGUUUGUGGAGCACGCUUGAUAGCAUCCGCUUCACCCCAAGGUCUGGUGUCGCAUGCCAGGUAUGGUGACAACAACUAUGACAACAGAGAGGACUGUGAGUGGAAAAUAGAGACCAAAGAAGGUCGCCGCGUACUGCUGAAAUUUACUGCGUUUGAUCUGGAAGAUGAAGCUGAGUGCGGGUACGAUGUUGUAACAGUUUACGAUGGCUUGCAAGAUUCUGAUCCUGUCAUAGGAGAGUUUUGUGGAAGUGAGAUUCCAGAUCCAAUUACAUCGAGUACCGAGUACUUACUGAUUCGAUUCCGUUCCGACGAUACCAUCAACUGGAAAGGGUUUUCUGCUACAUACCAGAUGGCCAUUUCCUCUCCUGAUUAUGUGGAAGGAAAAGACAUCUACGAUCUAGAGAUGGACUUAGAUUAG